AAAAAAAACACUUCUGGCAACCCUACUGUGCUGUGCUCGCGCUCUAAUGUCAAAUCAAAUAUGUCAAUAAAAAUUGCGAAUAAAAUAUAUAUUAAGUAUAGCAAGUAUUAAUUGUAGUAGUAAAAAAGAGAUUCUAGUGUUUAAUUUUCAAUAAAAUUAAACAUGGAUGAAGACAAAUUUGCAUUAGUGGAGAAAAUCAUUAAAGACGUCGACAAUGUUAUGAUGAAAAAUGCUGAGUUGUACGCCUUUGAUAUCGUUCCAGUGGAAGCAAAUUUUCAAAAUAAAUCUCCUGUUCUACAUUUGGAGAACUGUCUUGGUUUAGAAUCUUGGUGUGUAAAGCAUGUGUAUAUGUACUGCUAUUCUGAACUUAUGGAUAAAUACUUUGCAAAGCCGAAGCGCAAAGCUCAAAAACCUUCAAGUAUUAAUGCUGAGAGAUUGGCGAGAUUACUCAAUUUAACCCUCCUCAUCAACCCAGAAUUGAACACCUUGUGGAAUAAAAGACGAGAGAUGGUUUUACACCAUUUCCUUCAGACGUCACAUGAAUUGCAGUUUUCAAAACUAGUACUUUCAAGAAAGCCUAAAUGUAAUGAGGCUUUCGCAUACAGGAGAUGGCUUCUGAAUGAAAUUUUCAAAGACACUACAUUGCAGAGUAACCUUAUCACCAGUAUUGUCAAUGAUGAGCUCUACAUGUGUGAGCUGGCAGCUGAAAAGAGUCCCAAUAACUAUCAUAGUUGGAACCACCGCAUGUGGAUUGUGAAUAUACUGAAGAAAAAUAAAAAUUUUGAUGUGAAAUUCCUAUUUAUUAAAGAAUAUGACUUCUCAGAGAGGUGGACAGCAAAGCAUGUUUCUGACUACAGUUGCUUCCACUAUAGACAGUUUUGCAUUCAAAAUAUAUUUUUAAUCAGCAUAGAAAGAUGGAAUUGUUUUGAGAAUAACAUCAAUAGUAAUUUCAGAAGGAAUUUUGUUAAAAUUUUAGCAAGUAAUUUUCCUAAACAUGUCACUAUUCAAACAUCAGAAGAUGAUUUACUUACUUAUUCUGAUGAUAACUUAGUCGAUUUAUUACUUAGCUAUACUAAUAAGAAUUGCAAUUGCCUCAAGGAUAAUGUUGCAAUGUUAAAAAAAAUUGAGGUCUUAUUUUAUGAGUUAUCUUUAAACAAUGAGUUGCUUAGGUUUUAUAAAUAUCAUGAGACAAUGUGGUACCAUCGGAGAUUUAUUGUAAAUAAGUUAAUUACAAUCAUGUAUGAUCAUUUUGGUAUUAACAGACAAAAUGGGGUGCUUGUUAAAAGCAGUUGUGUGAAAUGUAAUAUAGAUGUUACCAGACAAAGGAAUGCCAAGAUAGUUAGAUAUGAUGGUAACAGAAUUUAUUCUUGUACACUCUUCAAUGUCUUGCUAAAUUAUGAAUACAAAUUUAUUGAUGAAAGACGCAAUGAUGGUGAUAAUUAUGCAGAUAGGCAUGAGAAAUAUUUACGAUUUGUGGAAGGUCUAAAUAAUGUAAUAUGAAAUAUAGAACAAAUUGUAAUAAAUCAUCACAAAUAAUGAUUUAUAAAGUCAUCUAUUAUGUAUAAUGCUACUAUUGAGAUUUAGUUAGUGUUCUAAGAAUAUAAUGAAUUGUAUGUAUAUUAUUGAAAUUUUGUAAAGUUAAACUUAUCAAUCGAAUUGUAAUAUUUCUGAAAAUAAAAUUAACAAUGGUGAUACUAUAUGAAAAAAUCCAAAUAUUUCUGUAUUUGCAUUUUUAUAUUUUCAACUUUUUUCAAUAAUAUUGCGAUAGACUAUCUUAAAAAGAUGAAUUUUAAUGAUAAUUGAUUGAAGAAAAAAGACCUCCAAUUGACAUCACAGGACUCGCCAAAAACUUUAUAUUGUAAGUAGAGAGAGCUAGUAUUGUUUGUUUUUAUUUAAUUUUAAUUUAUAUUAUAUGAAAAGACAUUUUAUAAACAUUUUUUUUUAUUAUAACUCCCAUUAUUGGUACUAAUUUCAAAUUCCAAUCAAUCCUACUCUUUGAUCAACAAUUCUAUAGAUAACGGGUUGCAUACAAAAUCAAAUCUAAAAACUGUCUGCCUAUGUUUAAACUUGUGCAGUUACAUUCGAUUACCA